AUGGCCAUCAGACCUCAUCAGAAUGGAGCAAAAGGGCAAAGGAAACUACCCCACACCACGGUGCAGGGGUUCCUGAACUGGGGGCUGCAGACCUGUAACCAAUUCCUCUGGCGCCAGCCGGGUGAGUUUCCCAUCAGCGCUUUCCUGCUGGGGGCAGGCACCGGAGGGCUCCUGGCCAUAGGUCUCUUUCAGCUUCUGGUGAACCCUAUGAACAUCUAUGAAGAUCAGAAGAUGGUGACGUUAUACAGCUUGGUGGGCUUGGGGGUCGUAGGCUGGGGGACCUCGCCUCACAUUCGCUGUGCCAGCCUUCUGCUAAUACCCAAGAUGCUGGGCAAAGAGGGCAGGCUCUUUGUACUGGGAUAUGCCUUGGCCGCCAUCUAUGAGGGACCAGUGGCCAACCUGCGACACAACCUCAACGAGGUGAUAGCAUCGCUCGGCUGCACCGUGGAGCUGCAGAUCAACAGCACCCGCACAGCUUGGCGUGUCUCCACAGCCCCCCUGCGGGCAGUGCUCAAGGACCUGCUGAGCAGCAAAGAGUCGCUGAAAGCUGAGACCCAGAACAUCACCAACUCCUUUGAGGAACUGGAUGCCCAGGUGAACAGUGAGAGCGGAUUCUCACCCAAAGAUGCUGAGGGCUCAGAGACAGCCCCGGGUGAGGAGGCCCCCGCUGCCUCAGCCUUCAGACACCACCUCUCUACACAGAAGAUGUAUGAGCUGAAGACUAAGCUGCGCUGCUCCCAUGUGGUGAACGAGGCCAUGUUCAGCUGCCGCCGCUGGUUUGACCAGAAGCAUGGAGUGUGUAUGCAGCGCAUCUGGGUGCCCCUCCUCAACCACCUACUCUGCCUGCCCAUGAAGUUCAAGUUCUUCUGCAGCAUUGCCAAGGUGAUGGAAGUUUGGUGCCGCAGUCGUAUCCCAGUGGAAGGCAACUUUGGGCAGACCUAUGACUCCCUCAACCAGUCUAUUCAUGGCCUGGAGGGGGAAUUUUCAGCGACUAUUAACCUCAAGGAGGAGAGGCGGGCUGGGGUGCUGGGCCUCAACACGAGCUGGAAACACGUGAGCACCGAGGUGCGGGACUACGUGAGGCGCCAGGAGGCUCAGCUCGAGCGGACCCUGGGGCUGCUGCACGCGCUGCUCUCCUGCACCUUCCUGCUGGUCCUCCACGCGUGCUUCUCCUACAUGGACAGCUAUAACGGGGACAUCCGCUUCGACAACAUCUAUAUCAGCACCUACUUCUGUCAGAUCGAUGAACGCAGGAAGAAGCUAGGCAAGCAGACGCUGCUGCCACUCCGCAAAGCCGAGAAGAAAACCGUCAUCUUCCCCUGGGACCCCACGAUCCAGGCCGCAGAAAUGAGAAAUGUGUUAAGGGAGCUCGUGGAGACACUGCCCGUGCUGCUGCUGCUGCUGCUGCUCUGUGGCCUGGACUGGGCUCUCUACUCCAUCUUCGACACUGUCCGCCACCACUCCUUCGUGCAGUACUCCUUCCGCAGCAGUCAUAAACUGGAAGUGAAAGUCGGGGGAGACUCCAUGCUUGCCCGGCUUCUUCGGAAUACCAUCGGAGCCCUGAACACCUCCUCCGAGAUGGUGGUGGACUCAAACAACAUGCCCUGCCUGCCCCAGCCCGUGCCCCUGAGCACCAGGGCCUAUUUGAAAGCAGCUCUACCGAGUGGCCUCCUAACAUGCCUCUGCCUGCUCCAGGCUUUCGGCUACCGGCUCCGGAGGGUCAUCGCAGCCUUCUACUUCCCCAAGCGAGAGAAGAAGCGGAUCCUGUUCCUCUACAAUGAUCUCUUGAGGAAGAGAGCAGCCUUCACCCAGCUGAGGAGGGCUACCAUCGUGAGGCGGGCAAGACAGCAGAGGGCUCCGCGCCGCCAUCUGGUUGACAUCCUGCACCGCCGCUGCCCGCUCUUGCGCCCCUGGCUGCGCCGCCGAUGCGUGGUGUGCCAAGCACCUGAGACGCCCGAGUCCUACGUGUGCCCUACACCGAACUGCGAGGCAGUGUACUGCCGCUCGUGCUGGAAUGACAUGCGGCAGCGGUGCCCGGUCUGCACACCCCGCGAGGAGCUCUCCUCCUCCGCCUACAGCGACAGCAACGAUGAUGCUACCUACGCGGAGUGAAGGGGUGUCUUGCUCGCUCUCCCAACCGCUGCUUCCUGUUUAAUAAAAUCCUUUAUACACUCCUGCUGCCCGCGCUUCUCAGGCGUCCGGUACCGGAGGGUGAGCUGGGCAGUCGGGAGAACCAGCCCACCUGAUCCGGCAGAACCCGGCUGCCGUCGUGAGAACGGAGGGCAGUGAAGCUGCUACGAAGGCGUCUUGACCCAGGGCCGGGUGCAGGCGCGACUCUUAAGCAGGUCGGACAGGGCCUCGGCUCCCAUCCUGCACAGCAGCCUGAAGUGGCUGUGCAGAGCAGGGUGAGCAGUGCGGCAGUCGCGGUCAAGGGCUGGAUCCACGCUUCUUUGGG